AUGACUCGGGCUGGAGCUCUCCUGCUGCUCUGCGCUGCCUUGCUCCUCAUCGCAGGCGGAAAGUGUGAUGACAUCUGCCCAGCCUUGAGGAACACUGUUGACCUGUUCAUAUCGGGAAGCCAUGAUGAGUAUAUUGAACAAGUUGAAAAGUAUAACCAAAACUCUGAUGUACUGGAAACUGCCGAUACCCUGAAGAGCUGUGUUGAUGAGAGGUUGACAGCAGAGGAUAAGCAAAAUGCUCUGAGUGCUCUGGUGGGUCAGGCUGUGUAUGAAUGUGCCUUUGGGGCCUCUGUGGGGAGUGGGCGGGGAUGCUUCCGUGUGGUUGCGGUCGGGACUUGUUCUCUUUGCCGGCUGGUCCUGGCAGGUGGCGCCCGAACAGGGACUCGAUUGGGCUACAUGGUUGCAGCCGCCCGAAACACCCACCGAGAGCUGAUAUGCAAAAGGGGUCUGAGGCUUCCUGCACAGGCAUUAUCUGUAAAAAACACCCCUGAACUGUGCCCCCUCCAACUUGCAAUUCACCAGGCGAGGCAACAGGGAGAAACCUUGGCAGGAUUUCCUAUCCUUUUCCCCGUCCUUGAAGACGCUCAACAGCGAAGGUAUUAUGAACCCCUGCCAUUUAAACAAAUUAAAGAAUUAAAACAAGCCUGUGCCCAGUAUGGACCAACUGCUCCUUUUACUAUGUCCAUCAUUGAGAAUUUAAAUAGUCAAUAUUUACCUCCUAAUGAUUGGAAGCAGGUCUCUAGGGCCUGCCUCUCUGGGGGAGAUUAUUUGCUAUGGAAAUCAGAGCUUGGAGAGCAAUGUGGAACUUUUGUGGACAGAAAUAGAUGGAAUGGUCUGCAAGUGAGUUUUGAAAUGCUUAUGGGGGAAGGAGCCUAUAGGGCUACUAAUCAGCAAUUAAAUUAUCCCCCUGAAGCUUAUCCCCAAAUAAAUGAGGCAGCUUUGAUAGCUUGGAAGCGGCUUCCUACAUCUAAUAAAAAGUCUGAAGAUUUGUCAAAAAUAAGACAGGGUCCUGACGAGCCUUAUCAGGAUUUCGUGGCUCGUCUCCUUGACUCAGUAUCGCGAGUUAUAGGAGAUGAAGAAGCAGGUAUGGUUUUAACCCGUCAGCUGGCAUAUGAAAAUGCUAACUCUGCUUGCCAGGCUGCUUUGAGACCCUACAGAAAGAAAGGAGGACUAGCUGAUUAUAUCCGGAUUUGUGCAGAUAUUGGGCCAUCAGAUACGCAAGGUUUAACCAUCGCAGGUGCCCUACAGGGAAAAACUGUUAAAGAAAUAUUGUACCAACAAGCUAACAAAGGAAAGAUUAAGAAUAGGGUUAAUGGGCCCCCUGGCAGUUGUUUCUCCUGCAGACAGAUAGGACACCGAGCUAUACAAUGCCCCCAAAAGAAAGGAGAAACGACCAAUAAACAAACUGAAGGCCCUAAUUUAUGCCCCAGAUGUAAAAGGGGACGGCACUGGGCAAAAGAUUGUAGAUCUAAAACAGAUAUUAAUGGAAAAGUGCUUGCACCUGUGUCGGGAAACUGGGUGAGGGGCCAGCCCCAGGCCCCGAAACAAUGUUAUGGGGCACUUCAGGAAAAUCAUCACGGAGCGAUUUCCAACCCAGAGUCAAAGAUCUCUAUAGAGCCACCUCAGGCAGCGCAGGAUUGGACCUCUGUUCCUCCACCUAUACAGUACUAA